AUGGCAGAAUCUAGAAAUCCGUCAAGAUUGGCAAAAUGUCGACACUUUCUUCGAGUGUUCUUGACUCAUCUGUUUUCUCACGUUGGACUUUGCGGUCUUGUAGUCGGAUAUGCAAUUGUAGGGGCACUGACUUUCGAAUCUUUGGAAGCUCAGAAUGAAAUUGAUCAACGUUCUACGAUUCAAGGUUAUCGGGAAAAGUGUCUAAAGGACCUCUGGAACAUUACGGAAACGUUGAAUGUUCUGUAUGAAGAAAACUGGACAUUGUUGAUUGGAGCCAGACUCAAGGCAUUCGAAAAUGAAGUAGUUUAUGCUGUCAAAAAUGAAGGAUAUGAUGGCAAAGAUUACUCUGAUUCUGAUCUACAGUGGUCAUUUUCUGGAGCUUUGCUCUACUGCAUCACAGUCAUCACAACCAUUG